AAUGGGUUUGGGAAUAACGCACUAGGAUUUGAUGACUACAAAUAUUCGCAACUAGUCUGUAUCUAGUAAGAAAAAUUAUAGCGUCCCUCUUUGUACUUGGAUCCGGGUGUUGUUCGUUUCAGGAUCGUGCUCACGCUAGACAAGACCGUUCCUCGACGGUCAACAAGUACAUGUAUAACUUCGCCUUCCUCCUCUUGACUCCCUAACUUUGCUUCUCCGGGUCAUUAGACCUGAUAUUUACUUACAGAGAAGACGAGCAGGAAAUUUAGGGAAUUCCAUCAUGUUCAAGCAAUCUCCAAGCAGAAACCACAGGUCCAAAGGCAUCAGGCUAAAGCAUGUUCUGCAAAUUUGUCUUUUGCUUGGUGUAUGUUUCUGGUUAAUCUACCAAGUCAAGCAUUCCCACGAUAAAAGGAAGGCAUUUGAUGAGAAUGAUGCAAAACUAUCAGACAAGACACAGAGUGGUGGUGAGCUUCUUAAUUUUGGGAGAAAAGAUCUCCAUCCUUACGUGAAAGAAGUAACUAAGAAAGACAAGCACGGGGGAGAAGAGGAAGAAGAAACUGGAGUAGAGGAAGAAGAAAGUAAGCAUGGCGAAGAUGAGCAAGAAGAAGAAAACAAGCAUGAAGUAGACGAGCAAGAGGACGAGGAAAACAAAAGUGAAGAGACAGAAGAUGAGGAAAGAGGAGUUGGAGAUGAUGAGAUAGAUGAAAAUGAUCAAGAGAAAUUAGAUGGGGAAGCUGACCGUGAUGAGGAAUCUAUAGAUGACGAGAAAGAGGGAAAAGAAGAUGAUAAGAAGAGUGAGGACAAAGACAGUCAAUUAGAAACUUCUUUGGAGGAUCAGGACCAUGAUGAUGGUACUGAGAACAUUCAUGAGGCACGAGAGGAACAUUACAAGGGAGAUGAUGCUUCCAGUGCAGUGGCCCAUGAUACCCAGACUAUCAUCUCUGAGACUGAGAAUUUAAGUUCAGAGAAUUCAAUUAAGAAAUCUGAAAUGAAUAUCGUAGAACAGGAGAACAAAUCCAAUGGCACUCAGGAAAUUGAUAGGGAUCAGAACAAUCCAGAAAUAAAGUUGGUAGAAGGUGGAAUGCAUGAGAAUGGCACUUCUUUGAAUGUAAUUACUGUCGAACAGGAGGGAAAUGAUAGUUUUUCCAACUCUGUGGAUAGCUCAGAUCCAAAUUCAACAGUGACAAGCCAUUCCAAUGAUCAAUCUGAAGGAACCAAUAACACAAAACUGGUGAGUAACAUAGCCAGCAAUACCUUCGCUGAAGUAAGUAUUGGAGGCAAUAACUCGACAGAUACAGAUAUAGGCACUUCUGGUUCUCCCCAGAAGAAUGGAACAGCGAGUAUAUCUGAUUCAGCUCUUGCUCAAAAUAUAACAGUGGACCUCUCGAAUACCGGUUACACUAACACGAUUUCUGAGAGCAAUCAGUCUGAUGGUAAUUCAACGGUUUCAAUCAAAAAUGAAGAAGCAGAUGCAGGUUCGGGAGAAUCUACUUCAGCUAAUAAUUCUGAGUCUGUUCUAUCAGAAAAGAUCACAACUGAAGCAGAAGAUGGCUCUGUGUCUUCAAUUUCAAAGGAGAACACCGACGCUAGUGAGAACAAGUUGGAUGGUCGUGACGAACCUGGUGGAAACAAAAAAAGCUCGGACAAUUACUCCAGAGAUGAGAUAGAUGUUAUUGAACAUGACCCCAUUGAUGCUUCUGACUCCCAUAUUGCUCUUGAUGAGAAAGGAGUUCGCAUAGAUCUGGAUACAUUGCCGGAUAUUAGAACAGAAUGGGAAAACAGCAAAGACGUUGCAGCAGAGUGAGAGGAUGAAUGGUGAUUUGUGUGCUUGUAAGCGCUUUAAGUGAGAGAUUCUUAUAUGGACCUGUGUCUUUAUUAUACAACUGGUAAGGUAUGUUGAAAAUUGUUCUCUAGAGGAUCAACUUAGCAGGAAACGUGUAGGCUAGUGGACAUUAUCAAAAGAUUUAAUUUGUAUAAUUCAUUUUAAUUCCACUUUAUAAGUGGUAAUAUA